AGUUUCUGAUGAAUAAAGAGGCUUUCAGAGGAGGCUCUCUCAGUGCGCGCACCUGCGUAAAACACCGGCACCGUCCGAAAUCGAGGAACCGUAAAGCCUUUACGGGAAGGUGACAAGCGGCUCAAUGGUCUGAAAUGAACCGGAUCUAUCUGAAAACUCGAGUUUUUUUUUUUUUUUUUUUAAACAAUGAGCCACAAUUCUGUUGGAUUACAAACUAUGAAGCUCCACUCCGCCGCUUUCUCCUCUGAGCAGCUGUGACCGCCGCGUCCAGACGCAGAUACGCACCGACCUGUCUCAGCUCUACUUGUUGUCCUCCUGCUAGAAAUAAUGCCAUCCAAAUUACUGGCUUAUGUCUUUCUUCUGUCGCUCCUUCACACCUGCUCUCUAACAAUCGAGUACGAGGAGGACUACGAGGACGUCACUGUGAACCAGAUGCUGGCUCCUAAAUCCCAGCAAACCGACGCCACGGAAAUACUCAAUAAUUUACUGAAAGAAUAUGAUAAGAAUCUGCGGCCGGACAUCGGAGUUAAACCAACUGUCAUUGAUGUCGACAUAUUUGUGAACAGCAUUGGACCGGUAUCUUCAAUAAAUAUGGAAUACCAAAUUGACAUCAUCUUUGCCCAGACGUGGACAGACAGCCGCCUCAGAUACAACAGCACAAUGAAAAUACUGACACUGAACAGCAAUAUGGUUGGACUUAUUUGGCUUCCAGACACCAUCUUCAGAAACUCCAAGAAUGCAGACUCCCACUGGAUUACAAUGCCUAACCAGCUGCUCAGGAUAUGGAAUGAUGGGAAGAUACUGUACACCUUAAGGUUAACUAUAAAUGCAGAGUGCCAGCUGCAGCUGCACAACUUUCCAAUGGAUGAACACUCGUGUCCGCUCAUCUUCUCCAGCUAUGGAUACCCACAAGAUGAGAUGAUAUACAAGUGGAGGAAGAACUCUGUGGAGGCGGCUGACCAAAAGUCCUGGCGUCUGUACCAGUUUGAUUUUAUGGGCCUGAGAAACACUACAGACAUAAUAAAGACUACAGCAGGUGAAUACGUGGUGAUGACGGUAUACUUUGACUUGAGUAGGAGAAUGGGCUACUUCACCAUCCAGACUUACAUUCCCUGCAUCCUCACAGUGGUUCUCUCCUGGGUGUCUUUCUGGAUCAAAAAGGACGCCACUCCAGCCAGAACGGCCUUAGGUAUAACCACAGUUCUAACUAUGACAACUCUCAGUACUGUGGCCAGGACGUCACUACCCAGAGUGUCUUAUGUCACCGCCAUGGACCUUUUUGUCACUGUCUGCUUCCUGUUUGUCUUUGCUGCUCUGAUGGAAUACGCAACGUUAAAUUACUACUCGUACAGCACUCGAAGACCCAGCUGCAUGGAACAUAAAAGAUCGAACUACUCUGUCCUGGAUGUGAGACCUCCUCCACACACCGUCAUCGCUUUAAACAACUCCAUGUACUGGCAGGACUUUGAGGACACUUGUGUCUAUGAGUGUCUGGAUGGAAAAGACUGUCAGAGCUUCUUCUGCUGCUUCGAGGAGUGUAAAGGCGGCGCAUGGAGAAAAGGACGCGUCCAAAUAGAUCUACUUGAACUGGACGCAUACUCGCGUGUCUUUUUCCCAACAUCCUUCUUGUUGUUCAACGUUGUCUACUGGGUAGGCUAUCUCUACCUUUAGCACACUGCAGGUGCCUGCUUGGUUUCAAAAGGAAGACAGCACAGUUCAAUAGUGGAAAUUCAAUAUUAAUAAAACACCAAAUAAACUCGAUCCUGUGGUACCUGAAGCAGUUACACAGAGAUGAAAACACAGUCGAGAGGACAGUGGAUGUCUGCAGGCCUGUACCUGCCUCGAGAUUUCUGCCUCACUGACUUCAGGUAUGAGAAAACAACACCACGCUGAUUCCCUUCAUAUGCUGUACACAGAGGGAAGUCGGGAUGGACUAAAGACAACUUGAAGACAAAGAAGGAAAUGUGUUUUGGACUGCUACCCCAGACUUCUCAGUCAUGAGGACAGCUUGUGUUGUAGGGAAUGUUAUUAUCCAGCCAUCAGUCAAAUCCAGUUGAUGAAAAUCCAAGGACAGUCAAACCAUUCAUAGUGCCUUCCUCAGGAGGGGUAGAUACUAUCUGCUACAAUAAUCAGGGAAUAAUGAUUUAUUUAAAAAAAAAAAAAAAAAAAAAGGAGGAGAGUCUGGCUUUGACUGAUUAUGGCUUUUCUCAUUCAGAGCUUUGAGUUACAUUUAUAAAACAGCCAUUUGUUGGAACAACUACAUGGACCACAUUAGAUUCCCAUCUCUUCAUUACGACUUUCCACCAUUAGGCAUGACUCAUCUCUCCUUCUUGCAGCUCCGUUAGUACCCUAUACGGAGUAAUGAAUAAAUUGGUACCCAGGCAAGCAGAUGAUUCAAAUUAACCUUACCACUGAGAUAAUAGUUUGUGCUUUAUUAGUGCAUUUUUAUACAUUGUUGGGUGCAGAAUGAGUUAUUUAAAUGGUUCUUUGUAUUUUAUUUACAUUUGUGUUCAUUGACAAGUCUUUCACUGGGUUAUCCUGAGAACAUCAAGAAAACUAGAAUUAUGGGUAACUCCCUGUACUUCAAUACAAAUGUUUAUCCAACUCAUAACAACAACUUCAUGCCCAUGAUUAAUGAAAAUAUACUUUACUUAUACACAAAACAAUUUUUGGAUAGUUUUGGAAAGACAUUUACUUACUUUCUUGCCCCAGAGGUAAAUACUAAUUUUGGUAUCACUGUCAUGUCUGUAAACCAAAUGUAAAGUUUAAGCCAGCAGCCAGCUAGCUUUGCUUAGCACAAAGACUGGAGGCGGAGGCCAACAGCUAGCAUGGCUCUGCCUAAAGAUGAGGAAUUUUGACUGCCUGCACUUUUGCAAUAAUUACUAGAAACUUAUUAAUGAAUAUAUAGAUUUUACCUGGCUGCUUGCUUCUGCUUCCAGUCUCUGUGCUAAUCUAAAGCCACUUGCAGACAUGCACUCCUUUCCAUUAAUACAACGGCAUCUGAAUGGCUUCAUGUCUGAACAAGCAACUGGUCAGUUUUACACAAAUGUUCAAACUGCGAUCUCUUUAGGUCAUGCACAGUAAUGUACGUCAAGUUGUGUAAAUUGAUUCAGUGAAAUCAUAUUCCACAUUUUAGCACCAAUAUUGGUCCAAAAACAUCUGAGAGCAAAAAAAGACAGUGUGCAUGACAAACCACACAACACCAUUCUCUUUCAUCUUGCCCAAUAAUUUCACAUUUAUUUAACAAUAAAACUUUACUACAAUGAAGAUCGAACAGGUCAGACUAAUGAAAUAAAAUAAUUAACAUAAUUCAGGUUUUGGAAAAAAGUUAACAGGAGUUUUUCCUCUAAGUUUAUAAAUACCGGUAGCAUUGAACAGCAGCUGGCCUAAUAUGAGCAUCUCCAAAGCGAGAGAAAUGAGCAUAUUUAAAUAUCUGGCACAAAAGAACCAGUAGCAGUAGUAGUUUCAUUACCUACAAUUUAAUGACAAAGAUCGCAGCCAUACCGUGUCUCUCUCUGUCGCUGAGUUGGGUUGUCUGAAUUAAGUUGUGCAAAACAUUAAUGUAAAAGUGGCGUAUGUCUAAAUGACAAUACCAUCACUGUAACAGACAAAUGAAGCAUGAAUGGUAAAUAUUGCAGGUCUGAAAAGGGCUGAAAAGAACUAGCAACUGGCAUUAGUUUCAUAUUUAGCAUGCAGACAUGAGAGAGGUAUCAAUCUUGUCAUUUAUAGCUCAACAGGUAAACUAAUAAGUGUAUUUCCCAAAAUGUCCAACUAUUCGUUGAAAAUUCCAGCAGUGAGUGGGUUGUCAAUCAAUACUAUAUGAGUCACAUAUAUGAACUUGUUUUUGUUGUUCAAUUAGCAUUAAGCUGUGGUGGGUCGUAAAUCAUGACUUGAAUACAGUUACAAACAGGAGACAAAAAAAAGCUGUUUAUGUCCACCAGCUGCAUUAUCACAGAUUGGGGCUGUUUGAGAUGAAACAUCAAGGGAGCAAAGGCAGCCAUGCUUGUAAUUCAAGUGUUAUUUUCUAGAUGUUGCACAUAUCACACCAUGUACUGCCGUUGCACAACAGCCACUUCUAGCCAGAGCUCUGAACACACAUUAGAUAAAAUGAACAGGUAAAGAGUUUUUUUUUAGCUGUUACACUAGAUCUACUGUAAUGAGUGUCAUUUGUACAUUACCGUAGGCAUAAAUAUAAUAAUCCCACUUAUUAGGAUCACUACACUCUGUUUGGCCGUUGACACUUCUUCGCAUGCCACAGAAAACUGACCUUUAUCCCAACGAGGAUGUGACACAUUUAGAGGUAGAAUUAUAGUUUCAAUGUGGACUAAUUGUAUUAUAAUUUGUUUUUUGUGUGUUUAGACUUGGCAUUAGCAACCGUUGAAUUGCCUUAGUGUAGCCCACCCAGAGCUGAGAUGAACACCAGAAUUACAUAUUUACCUCUGAUAAUAACCUCAGCAUGGUGAAGACCUCACUGCAGCGAAGGAUACUCCUUCGCCUUGGGCAGUAAACUUAAUUGAACUUUUUAUAUCCCUUUUUUCAGCUUUUUUUUCUUCUUAUAUUUGCUAUGUAUGUGCCAAAUAUUUCACAUAUGUGCCCUGUCAUUUAUGUUUUCAAGCAAGUCUGAACAAGCCUAUAUAUACACAUAUAAAAAGUGUGGAGUGUUUAGAGAGUACCAGGGUCAAUGCUGCAUUCACAUUGUGGCAUGACGCAGCUCAAACUAAACUAUUUCUAGUAGGAAAAGAACAUUAAAUUCUAUCUGCACUGGUGCAAAGUGCCGCUUACUGUGCCUGCAGACAAACAGGAUGCGGAUUGAAAAUGAAAAUGGAUGCAGGCACGUGUCAGUGCGCCUGCUAAUCGAAUUUCCCAGACAAACACAAAGUCCUGACAGCAGUUCUCCUGACUCUUUUGUUCCUUUCUUUGGCAUUAAAACUAUACUUUAUAACCACAAAUGGGGCACAUUGGGAAUUUUCUUGGCCACAAUGUGAAUGCAAGAUGAUAAUUUUAUAGCAUUUUUUAUGACCAGUGUUUAUUUUGCAGUGCUUAUUGAUUCAUUAGUCUGUGCUGCCCUGAUGUUACAGUGUUUUGACUCCCUUCAGCUGACAGAUGAAGGGCGAAGCAAUAAGGUUUUCUGAGUGGUGCUAUAUUUUACAGUAACUCUUACAUUGCCACAUAGAAAUAAAAAGUGAUUACAAAGAACAUUCACAUACACAAUGUAUGUGUAUGUCUCAUUGAUAUCUGUUUUGGGCCAGUAUUACUUGUAUCAAAUAGCUGAUUAAAAGAAGGCAAGUAUGUGACAUGGUUCUCAGGCUGGUUCACCUUCACCAUCUGAGUACCAGGAUACACCUAUUGUUAAGUCUGUAUUCUGUCAAAUGGGACCUGACUGUUUAUGUGUCACACUGAUUGUCAACUAAACUUGUCUCACUCUGUGUCAUCACACAACAGUGUCUAAAGCGGCAACAGCUACAAGAAAAUGGCGUCACUUACUAACUAAAUAUUCAGAAGGAAAAGUCAAGUGUUACUGUGAGCAUGACUCUGGAUGGUCUUUGGAAAUUUGCAAUGGUAACUGUUCAGAAACUCCAUUUAAUAUCGUAUUUAUUCAACUAAAAACAGACUUGUGCUACAAAGCAUAAAGACAAAGAUUGUUUCUGGGAUGUAUAUGAAAAAAACAACAACACAUCAUUUCAUCCCAUAGGACAAAAGUGAAGCCAAAAUAUCCACGAUCUAGUCGCCUUGUGCUGGUUAUGCCAUCUGCAUCAAGAGUCUGCACAGUAGCAUUUGGGAGCAGUAGAUUUGUUCUAGAGGUCCUGACUCCUGCCCAACCCAAUUAUGAAUAAUAUUAAUGACUACAUGGCAUGUUAGACUGAGUAAUUCAUAUUUGUACUUUAAUUUCUAGAUUAUAAAAUGAUUAGUAACUGCUAGUUGUCUAGUUAGCUACAAAUCAACUUUUUUUUUUUUUUACUGUGAUUUCGAACAGACAGUAAAAUUCUCAAGGUUAAAAGAUAAUUCCAGUAUAUUUCAACUAGACCUGGACAAUAAAAUGACAGCAAUAUGUGCUGAUGACAUUUCAUCAAUAGCAAUCACAAAAAUGUUUGAUUUAAUGUUUAGCAGUUUCACUUCAGUGCAACAAAUACAAAUUGCACAUAACAAAAACACAAAGCUUUGGUUGCCGGACCAAACCCCAAACAUGCUUCCUCCCUGGUUGAUAAACAGCGUAUCACAUCCAUAAAUAACGGAGCCCCUUUGUCCUCCGUAACUCUCUCAGUGUCAUUCAAGCAUGUCUAGUCUGCAAAUGCCUUGGUAUCCUGUCUUCAGAUAUAUCCCCCAGUCCUAAUUUCAAUCUAGCACAUUUAUCAAUAAUGUGGCUAUUGUAGCUCUAAGUAUUGUGCUCAUUUUGCACUCUAUUUGGGGAAACAGUUUAGCGGGGAUCAGUUAGCAUGAGCUCCCUGCAGCUUUCCAAACAAAGCUUUUACAAUACUAAUUUUAAGCUUUUGUUUUUGAGUCUGGCUGAAAGUAAACACCAAAAUUAGCCACCUGCAAUGUACAUUUUGCUAAUUAUUGGCUUUUACUUAGCAUAUGGGCAGUUGAGCACUAAGCCUGGCCAGUCUUGGUCUUUUCCUCCAGCUGAUUUUGGAUAGGUGAAACAGUAUCUCUGGGAUGUUCAUCAAAGCUGCAGAUUUACUAGCUGUAGUUCCACAGCUUUGAUUAUUCUGAUCCAUGGACGCAUUAAGAUUUAUUUUCAUCAACAGGUCCCACUCUGUGCAGCAACAGUUUUCCUCCUCAAGGUAUGCUGUCUUUCAGGACAUCCUGUUGUUGUUUCUGUUUCUCCCUCCAUUCCGACAGUGUAAGUCAGCCUCACACGUGAAUAAACUGGCUGGAUAUCACUAAUGCAGCUAACACAAACUCUUCUCCAGGUAGCUCGUUUCUGUGUUUAGGUUCAGCCCGACUGAAAACAAAUACUUAGAUCAAUGUAAAAAGCAGCAUUCUUCAGUGUGAAGUUACCACAAUAAUGGUGAUUAUGCCAGUUUGAAACAUAUCAGAAAUUUUCCUUUAAAGAAAAGACCAGUCUUUGGAUGUUUCUUCAGCCAAUUCCCAGAGGUCCAAAUGUGCUCCUGCAACCUUUUUAAUGACAGCUGCUGUCAAUGAUGAUAAAAUACAGUAGAUUAAUAGGAUCAAAUAACUGAGAAUUAAACUGAUAAAAAAUUAACACUUGAACAGACAUCAAUGUGAUUUUUUUUUAAAGUUAAUAUACAGAAACUAUAUUGGAGAAAUUUUUUUGAGGUUUACUUAGAUUUUUUUAGUCUGGUUUAUGUUCGAUUCAGAUAUUUUGGCUUCACUUCUGAGGAGCUGUCACAUCUUUGACAUCUGGAAUGAAGUUUUGUCUAACCAUUCACACACAGGGUUUACAUAGAACAUUAACAGAUCACCAUAAGGUACAUAAUUUAGGAUGUAAUAAAGCACAACAAAAAGAUAUAAUUAAUUUAAUGUGCCUUUUUAAUUGAUGCCCUACAUGCGAUUUGAAGUUUAAAAAGCCUAAUUUCCACCUUUUCUCAUCUUUGCUGCUGCGUCAAUCAUGUUUCUCCAACUGGACAGCCCACAUUUUUUGGUAUUAUUUUUCCACACACUGGGAAAGCAAAGAGGGUGAACACAGGGAGGGAUUGAGGCUGGGAUUUGAUCCCAGGCCAGCGUUCGCAUGUGUGUGGCUCCAGAAUGAACCAGAGAAUGAGCUCUGGGCACCGUGUCAUCUGUGCCGAGGAUGAGCAGGACUUAAGCAGAUGGAGGACAUCUAAGGCACUGAGCUGGUGACAGACCUUCAGAGAUGAAACUUGUCUGUCACUAAUGUGCUGUGUAAACCUGUCACAAAGAAAGUUGUGUGUUUUUGUGAUUUGGGAAGUUUUGUCACUUAAAUUGACAGAAUUUUCACAGUCUCAGUACAGUUUUGGUGACUUGAUGUACAACAAGCUCAAUGCAAACUGACUGUAAGCCACAUUCAGUACAUGUUGUUGUGAUGACAAAGCCAAAGACAUUUCGGUUCUAAUUUAUUCACUAAUAGAUUAAAUUAUGUUUGAGGAAGCUUUGUGUUGUGGGAGUUAAAAAAAAAAAAGAUGUAUUUAGUGCAGUACUGUGAAGUGUCAUUUGAAUGGAAACUAUGAGCGGAACAGAAACAAGUAGCCUAGAAGUGCUCUAAGGUGGUUUGUGUCAUUUGCAAGUUCAUCCAUUGUUGUAUUACUUGUAGCAGAAAUUGCACAAGCAGUUCCUGUAUGCGCCGAGGAGGCUUUUGACAAACAUUUCAGCUGGUGUUCACAGUGUGUUUCUACCACAAGCUUUCAUUCUGCAGCCAAACUUUUGUUAUCUGCAGUUGAUUUCAACAGUAGUGAGUCACAUUUUUGUUGACAUGUAUCCUCUCAUUUCUAACUCACUGUAUUCACAAUACUCUACUGUGCACUUUCUCCUGCUUUGCGUUUUCAUAUUUGUGGCUCCAGUGUGACAGUAGAUAUCUCAUUACUCAAUGGUACAGUGCAAGUGUUGAGAUCGUGCUGCUCAACAGCGUGGCGUCCUGUGAGUGGGGUUGUUUUGACGAUAUUGCUCUUUUGGCUCUGGCAUCAGCUCAUUUCCAAUUCAUGCUAUUUUCAUACCUAUGGUUCUUUUUAUAUCAGAAAUGUGCAUUACUACUGAGGACCAGAAAACAUAAAAUAAAGUUUUU